AUGGCAGGCGGGCGCUGGUCAAGGUGGCUGGCCCCUGCGGGCUCUGCCGCGGACCCAUGGCGUUCGUGGCCGCCGGCGCACGCGCCCGGUCGCAGAUCGUCCGCGCAUUGCGGAAGCAGCAGCGCCAACGGCAUCGCAAUCGCAUUGGACGCCCAGUGGGACCCAGCUCCAGCUCAUCGCGACAAUGACUGCUACGUGAAGGUUCCGUGGAAGUACCACUGGACGCCCGCCGAGCUCGAGGCCGAGGGCAUCGUUGAGGCGGAGUGGGCCGACCGCCUCGCCACUUUCCUCCAAGGCCUGUACUUCGACAACCACGGCGUGUUCCAACUCGAGCUGGCCGCCCUGCACCUUGCCUUUGCGCAGGUGACUUCUGCCAAGAUGACAUUCAAAAUCGGCGGGGGCGGAGACGGAAAGCACGCCGAGUCACAGCUUCAGGAACACCUGUUCGGUACCAACCACGUGCACUACCUCGACUGCGGCGCCUUCCAAGACCGCAACGAGUGGCGCAAGGCUGGGGGGGACGCCUGGGCCAUGAGUGCCGUGCGGGUCCAGGAGUGCGACGGGGGCGCCACGUUCCUGGGCGACAUAUGGAAGCGCUUCGUCGUGGAUGAGGCGCUCACCUGCCGAGUGAACUAUGGCUUCAACAGCAGUCGCAAGUUCGGCGAGUCCAAGAAAGACUUGGAGUUGAACUGGGAGAACAUCCCGACCAUCGAGUUCUCUGGGAGCAGCGAGAAGGCGCUGGUGCAACUGCAGCGCAGGAUCAUCUGCUGCCGCAUGGGCCGCGCGCAGUUCGUGAACGACCCGAAGGACGUGGAUCACUCCAAGGGGAGGUUCCUCAAGAUCCCGCAGGCGGAGCUCGACCCCUUCCUCGCCCACGGGUUUACUUCGUGCUUGAUGUUUCGGAACUGGUGCCGCCCCUACUUCAAGAGUGCGGAGGGGUCCAUCCCCAACUGCCUGCGCAUGCAGGACAACUUGGUGGCCGUCUGCCCGAGGGUCGCUCGUGACACCGCGUGGCUGGGCACGCGCCUCAGCGGCGGCCGUGGCUCUCCGCCCGGCGAGGAGGGCGAGGCCCACGCGGGGGCUACGAAGCUCGUCGUCGCCGCCCACAAGGCCGCGCCGGCCAAGCAUGUCCUGAAGGAGUACUUGUUCUCGUCCCUCCCUUGUUUGCCAGGGGCGCGCCAGGCGGGCAGGAAACAUGCCUCUAAGUGGCAAAACCUGAUCGAUGCUCUGGAGAAGUCCCCCGUGGCGUUCGGGAGCUGGAGCGACUGGGGGCCCCCGUUCGACCACGUCGAUGCCCAGGCCAACCUGACGCAGGACGGAGCCGUGGAGUGGUACAGCAUGAUCCUGGAGAACAUGGAAGAUGUCACUGGCCGCGAGGGCAGGCUGGCCACGGACUUCAAGUGCACGGAAAGGCCAGACUUUAUCGCCCUGACGGAGCAUGCGAAGACUGGGACCGAUCGGGGGCAGAAGAUGCUGGAAGCGUACCUGCAGAGGUGCGAUGACGCCUGGGUGGCCAACGGGGAGGACUCUGUCGUCAGUUUGCAGGUGCCGCACCAGACGAAGGAGUGGUACAAGCGGAAGUUUGCGCGCGGGCCUGCUGGGCAGAAACUGUCUCGCGAGGCGAGGAAGGUCGCUUUCCCUGACCACGUGGGCUCCGACGCUCCGUGCUGCCACCCGCGGCUCUUCAAGGUAGCGCUUCAGCGGGCGGGCGUGUACUCCGAGGAGCGCUUCCCCAUGCUCGCGCGCGUGUGCCGCUUCUACAAGCAGUGGAGGUCCGCGCUGUCGCAGUAUCUCGGAGUCCCAGUGGAAGAGGCGAAGGUGGAGAUCAUCAAGAUCUUCUAUGGAGCCAGGCCCGUGGCCCAGGUACCGUGGCUCCUCAAGCUCUGCAGCGAGGUCAAGGACGGCGUGGCCGCCGUGCUGGCGCACGCCGAGUUCGCGGCCUACAGACAGCUGUACGCCGACAGGCCGUCUCCCGAUUACAGUCGGAUCGCGGCCGUCCUGUCCCAGCUGGAGGACGACGCUCUCAUGAUCCUCAUCGCGAACCUCCGCCGCAUUGCGGCCACCACCAGCGAGGUGCUGCUCUUCGACGGCUGCCUCGCGCUGGCGACCUGCUUUCAGCAGGAGGCCCUGGUGCGGCUGGCGGUGGCCACUGCGAACGCGGCCUCCUGCGUCGAAUUCGCUAUCCAGUCCUGGCCGAGCAACUCGCCCGAUCGUCUGGGCGUUGCCGUCCUGCACGGUUGCGGGUCCGAGAUCAGUCUCCUCCUCACCCCCGUGCCAGACCAGGGCAACUUCCUCCUGACGGCGGCGUGGUGGGCGGGCAUGGGCGCCACGAUGGCGGACCUCUCUCCGGAGGACCUGGCAGUCCUGACAAUGCAGGAGGUCAACGACAAUUCUCUCUACAGCUCCCAGAGGAACAACUCCGCCAUGACCUUCUUCGCCCCCACCCACGAGCACGUCAUUUUCGAGGAGGUCCACUCUGGCCGCUCGUUCGUGGUCCUGGAGGACCCCUGCCGCGAGGGCACGCCGAGGCACGCAUACGGCCUGCGGUACAGCAACAAGGAGCUCGGGCUCUUCGACCCCGCGGCCCCAUCGCUCGUGCAGGUGAUGCAGGCGGAGUACUACCUGGAGAAGGCCCAGGGCCGCAACCUGGUGUACUACAUCCUGGAGCGCAGGGCUGCCCCUGGGGCGCCCACCCCGCGCGCGCCCCCCUGA